UUGUUGAAGAAAUUUAUAAAGAACCAAAUUACAGAAGACGAACUCGUGGAAUUAACCUCGGAAAUUUCAUCUCCUGGCCUAAAAAUGCUAAUCGUAUCCCUUAGAGAGGAACAUUUUGGUGUCACGUUUCCAGAACCUUGCAUAAGACUUCUCAAAGCACUUGCGUCAGAUAAACCUGUUUGUGCAAUUGUACCUCCUGUGAGAGAGGUGAAGGAUUUGUUGAUCAGAAUUGCCAACGGAGCAAAUCCAAAGGACAAUCCAUUGUCUGAUUUACAACUUUUGCACGAACAGGUCCCCCUCUUGUUUUGUCUUUGCAAUCAUUUUGCAGAGCUGCCAAACCCCAUACGUGUUUUGUGUGGGGAAAUGGUCGCCAAAGCGUCCAGUCCUUUUACUGACGAAAACGGGUGUGAGCGUUUGCCCCACAACCUUCCCCAAGUUCAGUGUGAUGGUCAGUUAGGUUUUUUUCCAUCUUUGCCUUCUCUUGUUGAACGUGGGCACUAUGUUCUUGACACAAAAAGAGCUGGUCAUUUAGAUGAUUGUGCCAAAGGCGUUCGUUCAAAGAAGAAGCAUGGGUCUUUAAUUCCUGGGAUAUUCCUUAUUUUAUGUCCGCACGGUAUUUGUUACGGCUUUCAAGUGAUGCCCGAUCAUGAAUCACCCAAUGUUCCUUUUACCAUUUUAAGAACUCGAUUUUCUGAAGCUCCUGAACUAGUGAUCUAUGACAACGCGUGCAAACUACACGAGUACUGCCUUAACCGCGAUCCUGCUUUUUUUAAAAAAUCCAAAUUCAUCGUCGACAAGUUUCAUUGGAGAAACCAUUCUGGUUGCUCUGAGGGAUACGAUAUUAAUAGAUAUCCCAUUUUAAAAACGCACAACAGCCAAGCUGCAGAGCAGUGUAACUCUGUAAUGAAGCCACUUGCGUCAAUGGUUUCAUACAUGGAAUAUGACAACUUUUUGCUAUUUUCGAAAUUGUAUAUUUGGUACAGUGUACAGCGGAUACCUCCUUUAUUCGCGUGGUUGUAAGUGAUGUUAUACCUACAAGAAAAUGGACGCAAUACAAACUUCGUGGUAUGUUUUACUACUGGAAAAUGGUAUGCAUAACCACACUUACAACCAUCUACAUUUUACAAACUUUUUUAUGUUUUAACACGUAUAGAGUGAUCAUUAAUGGAAUCUUUAUGUUUUAUUUGAAAUAAUAUGUUUAAAAUAA